UCAAGAAUAUUUAUUAAAUUUGCAUGUAUAUUUUAAUCAUCCAAAUGUAAAUCGCAACGUUUGUCAGCUGUGAAAUUAACUCAGGUGCUGCUAUGAAUCCUUGAAUUCUGGAAACAGCAGGAAAAAGUUAGUGUCUUUACAGAUUAUAAGAAGACAAAAAAAUAUGGAGGAUCGACCACUGGCCAGAAUUGGCCCCACAGGAGGAGGAGAUGUGAGAGCAGCAUGCAAAAAGUGUGGAUAUCCUGGCCACCUUACCUACCAGUGCAGGAAUUUUGUGAAGGUGGAUCCAAAGAAAGAUGUGGUUCUAGAUGUCUCAUCAACAUCAUCUGAAUUCAGUGAUGAUGAGACUCCUCUUACGCAACUCAAUGCACAGGAGCUGCUUGCAAAGAUGAAGGAGGAGAAACACCUCAGGAGAGAAAGAAAGAAGCACAAGAAAGAAAAAAAGAAGAAGAAGAAAUUGCGUACAGAUAGUCCCAGCCGAUCAAGAUCACGGGAAAGGGAAAAGAAGAAAAAGAAGAGGAAGAGUAAGCAUUCUUCAUCAGAAAGUUCCUCAUCGGAGAGUUCUUCAGAAAGCGACUCAGAGGAAGAUGAGAGACAAAAAGAUAAGAAGAAGAAGAAGAAGAAGGAAAAGAAAAAGAAAAAGGAGAAGAAGAAAAGGGACAAAGAGAGGGACUGAAAAAUUGGAUACAGCUCACACAUGUAACGUAUGUAUGAGUAUGCGUGUAUUUAUAUAUUUUUCAUACGAAAACAUACUAUGUGUCAAGGUUUGUCACGUUUUUAAUCUAUUUAUUAUUUUUAGUCCUUUUUAUUAACAUUUAAUAUUUCCCAUUUCUACAUUUUAUAAAAAAAAAAAACAAGAUUUUAUAGUGCAAUUUGAUAAAUAGAAUGGUGUAAACCUUGUAUCUAUAUUUCUUAUUAUUAAAAUGGAAAAUUUU